AUGAAGCUCGCUGACGGCCUCUUCCGCAAGACUUGUCGUCAAGUCGCCAAGGAAUACAAGCGCUCCGGAGUCACUUUCAGUGGCAUGAUUGUCAACAAUGCCUCCAUGCACCUUGUUGCUAAACCCCAACAAUUUGACGUCAUGGUCAUGCCCAACCUGUAUGGGGCUAUCGUCGCCAACAUUGGUGCGGCUCUCGUCGGACGACCGGGGAUCGUUCCGGGGGCAAAAAUUGCCGGGAGUUUGCGUUAUUCAAGCCAGGUUGUUGACAUGUAG